GGCUACUGCUCUGCUAGCAAGGAGACGCGAGGAGUCACAGCGGCGAUAAGACGCAGCAGCAACGAUGGAUCGAGUGAGGUCUGCGUUUAACAGGAUGGUUAAAAGUGAGCGCUACAGCAGGUUCACUCUGCAGCCAGCCGUAGACGGAGAGAGACACAUUGAGGUCAAACUGUCGGAGGACGCCACCGAGGCCGGGGACUCGGCGGGCGGAUCCCCGAGCUUCAGACCGGCACCUCGACGCCAACCUCGAAGUACCAUUUGCUACCUGGCCCUCGGGACCCUCCUGAUAUUCGUCACCGGCUACGUACUCGGUUACAUCAGCCACCGGGAAAAGGCGGUGGAGGCGGCGAACUGCGGUCACUCCGCGGUGACGCCAGACGACUACUCGCCGGAAGAGGACUCGCCGGAAGCGGACGCCCAGAUGGACUGGGACGACGUCACCCAGCUGCUCAAGCAGAAACUCACCAGCCAGGCCUUUGACAAGACUCUGAGUGAUUUUGAUUCGCCGAGACGUUUGGCAGGAAGUGCUGAAGACGUCCGCCUAGUGAACCGCAUCAGCGGUGCGUUCAAGGACGCGGACAUGGACCCCUGGAACGACGUCCACUACGUUCAGCUGCAGACGCCGGACAGCCUGCAUCCAAACCGGGUCCACUUUGGUUCGGACGUCUUCGAGCCGACGGGCUACCUGGCCUACAGCGCGACGGGGGAAGUCCAGGGCAAGCUGGUGUACGGCAACUACGGGCGCCCGGAGGACCUGGACGUCCUGCAGAGCAACGCCGUGGGACUGGGAGGCGCCGUGCUGCUGCUCCGGGCCGGAAAGAUCAGCUUCGCGGAGCAGGUGAACAACGCUGCCGCCAAGGGCGCCGCCGCCGCGCUGAUCUACCCCGACAGCCAAGAUUACGACUACGUGGCGGACACGGCGCUCUACGGACACGUCCAUCUGGGGUCAGGCGACCCCUACACCCCCGGGUUCCCCUCCUUCAACCACACGCAGUUCCCCCCCACCAAGUCGUCCGGACUCCCCAAAAUCCCGGCCCAGACCAUCACCGCCACCAUGGCGUUGGCUCUUCUACAGAAAAUCGGCGGUCCUGAAUCUGACGCGAGUUUCAAAGGCGGCAUGGUGGGCGUGGCUUAUCAGCUGGGCGGCAGCGCGAACGUCACCGUGGAGGUGAACAACGUGCUGGUCAACAAGGAGCUCCACAACGUGUUCGGGGUCAUCAAAGGCUUCACUGACCCCGACCGCUACGUGGUCCUGGGAGCUCAGAGAGACGCCUGGGGCAAAGGUUACGCCAGGGCCACCGUCGGCACCGCCGUCCUGGUGCAGCUGGCCAGGGCCGUCCGCGAGAUGGUGAAGAACGACGGGUUCAGACCCCGGAGGAGCCUGGUGUUCGCCAGCUGGAGCGCAGGAGAGUACGGGAGCGUCGGCGCCACCGAGUGGCUGGAGGGUUACAUCUCCUCUAUCGACAAACGCGUCGUCUCCUACAUCAGCCUGGACGGUGUGGUCAUGGGUCGCGGGAGCUUCAUGGCGUCGGCGAGCCCGCUGCUCUACAGCCUGCUGGAGACCACCAUGAGAGGGGUGAAGAGUCCUCUGGGCUCCGUGUACGAUAUGGUGGGAACCAGUAACUGGGACGCCCAAAUACUGAAGCCGAUGUCCUCUGACGACCCCGCCUAUCCCUUUCUGGCCUUCUCUGGAAUUCCCUCCGUUUCCUUCCACUUCAUCUCUCCCGGCACUGAGGCCUACGCGUACUACGGCACCAACCUGGACAGCGUGGACCACCUGGCUUACCAGACCAACCACCGCACCGGUGAGAUGGCGGCGCUGGCGGCCCAGUUCGCCGGCCAGAUGGCUCUGCGGCUCGUCCACGACCACCUGCUCCGCCUGGACGUCGGCCGCUACAGCAACGUCCUCACCAAGGCCGUGAUGCGCGCCUACAGGCGCGUCCAGCAGCUCACCAAGUCGGGGCAGCUGAAGGGCGUGGACGGCAACUGGCUGAACCGCGCACGCGGCUCCUUCCAGCGCGCCGCCAGGGGACUCAACACCGACAUCCAGAACACCGACCUGACCGACGUGGAAGCCGCUCGCAUCCUCAACGACCGGCUCAUGACCGUGGAGCACAGCCUCCUCUCUCCGUACGUGUCCCCCCUCGAGACGCCCUUCCGUCACCUCCUGCUGGGUCGCGGCGCCCACACUCUGGCGUCCGUCGCCGAGACCGACGACAUGGAGGAGCUCCACGUGCAGCUGGGGCUCGCCACCUGGACCCUGCAGGGCUGUGCCAACGCCAUGGUGGGGAACAUCUGGGACCUCGACCAGCAGAUCUGAAGACCCAGCAGGGGGAGUGUGUGUGUGUGUGUGUGUGUGUGUGUCUGUGUGUUGUUGAAACACAAUUCGAGGUAAGCGCAGGGAGGGGGCACCAAUAUCAGCACUUGAGCACAAGCUGUCUAUCAGAGGUUUAAGCCCCGCCCCUUUAAAAAAACAAGCUAUAUCCCACAAAGAUCCAGGGGGAGAUAUCAAAGUAUAAACUACACUCCUAACUAUGAAACGACUUUAAGCACUUGAUUCUACACGUACGCUACUGACGGCAACAUGGCCGCGACCUCUCGCCAUGGAAACACUGGGAAAUCUUUAUUUAUACUUUUAUUUAUCAGUGGCAGCGCCCACUAUAAAGUUAUCGUUUGUCUUUUUUAUACGAUGUUAUCGGGAGCAGUGCCUCCCAUAAUUAUGACGGUUAUACCGUCCAAUCCUCCGGCAGCAUCUGCUACAGACAAGACUCCGACGGUCAAAUGGAGCCCCCGGUAGAAGGUAGAUAUUUCUGGCCUUUAUUUUGGUAAAAAAAAAAAAAUCGUAUGAUUAUAUUGUUUUUUGUGGGUGAAAUUAUCUCAAUAAAUUUUGUAAACGUUUUUUUUAGGAUUUACAACAAGCCAAUAAAUUUGGACUGCACUUGGUGGCAUAAUAAACAUUGAAUUUUGGGAGAAAAAAAAGAAAAAUAAUCCACAAAACAUUAUAAUGUUUUUUUUUUUUUAGCACAAUAAUUGAGCUGAUUUGGUUUCAAGAAAGCCAUUAAAGUUUCAAAGUGGACUUUGGGGAAGUUUAUGUAUGAUAAAGUUAUCGGGAGCAGCGUCUUCCAUAAUGACAAGCAGUGAUGGUAGAUUUUGCCUACCAGUGUGUGUGUGUGUGUGUGUUUGAGAGAGAGUGUGUGAGAUUGUGUGUGUGUGUAUUUAUCGGGAGCAGUGUCUCUCAUAUUUCACUUGGAAGAGUGGAGCAACUUAUCGGGGGCAGUGUUUCCCAGAGUUUUAUACUUGACAUUUUCAUUUUGUCUUAUUUUUCGGAUUAUGUGUGUUUCUUUCUUCUCCUUUUUCUAUUUUCCUCAUGUUUCUGUAUCGCGCUACAAACUCAUACGGGGCAAUAUUACAUAAUCCGUUGUUACGUUAUCCGUUGCCGCCUCGCUGCUCGUCGCUCUGUCCCUGUGAUGAGGCGUAGCUUCACACUGAAACAUUUGAACCAUGUUAUUUACCUUUCUACGGAUUUGGGGUUAAACCAAUGUGUGUUUUUGUUGUUUUUUCAAGGUAUGACACAUGGUCUCAAAGCUUCUGAUAUUUAUUUGACCGUUUUGUUCCUAUAAGUUUAAGUCGGUGGUUUUCCCGGAGAUAUUAAACUUAAAAAAGAAGAAAAAAAACACCUGUAAUUGCUCCUUAAAGGUAUUCAACCUGAACACAUUAUGAAAAAUACAUAACAUUUACAUCAUUAUUUUAACACUCAAGACCAAACUACACGUCACAUUUUCGAUGUUUUGAAUACAUUUCUCCUGGUGUCACCUCUGUUGUGCUUGGUACUGUUUUUCUCGCUUCUAUUUUCUGACAGGAAGUUACAAGAAUAAAGUUACUUAAUCCUGAAACGGGUGGGGGGAACUAGGCGGUUAGGAAAUGCAUCUUCCUGAUGAUUGUAACUUUAAAAGAAUAACACUGUUUCAGAAACCUGCUCUCGAAGUCAUGUUUCUGUGUUCAGUGGAAAACGUGUAAUAAAACCUUUUCGGCUCAGCA